UUUUCUUCAUUCAUGCAAAAUAAAAGAGAAAUGGAGCUUGGGUUAAGCUUAGGAGAUGCUGCUACUACUUCAAAACCAUUUGGGUUCAUGGAGAAAUCUACACAGCUCACCAACAAAGUCACUUCUGGGUUUUGCAUGGGUUUAUCAAUUGGUACAAAUCACACCCUACGAGAAGAAGACGAAGAUAAAGAUGAUCACAAACUUAGCAAUAAUAUUGAUCAUAACUCUGACAAUACAAACACAAGAACAGCAACAGUACAAGCCAACAACGGAACAAUUUUGACUGUAGAUACCAGUACUGAUCCACCUAUCCAGCUUGAUCUUCUCCCUAACACCCCUGUCCCUCGUAACCAGAACAGCAUCCUCACGUUGGCAUCUGAUAAUGGGACUAAUUUUGAAGCUGGCUCUUCAGGUAACAUGUCAAGAGGGUUUGAUGUGAAUAGAUUCUCUGCUGUUAUGUUACAUGAAGAUCAGGCUGAUCAAGAUGGGGCUACCCUUUCAUCUUCACCACCAAACAGUGCAACCUCUUCUUUUCAAAUGGAUUUUUGCAUUUACAGUAGUAAAGGUGGAAGCGGAUCAAAUAUUGAAGCUGAUCAGGCCGAGAGGGCUUCUUCUAGAGCCAGUGAUGAAGAUGAGAAUGGUAGUGCUAGAAAGAAACUCAGGCUCUCUAAAGAACAGUCUUCUUUUCUUGAAGAAAGCUUCAAAGAACACAAUACCCUCACUCCUAAACAAAAGCUUGCACUUGCUAAGGAGCUUAAUCUUCGUCCUCGCCAAGUAGAAGUCUGGUUUCAAAAUAGGAGAGCAAGGACUAAACUGAAGCAAACUGAAGUGGAUUGUGAGUACUUGAAGAGAUGUUGUGAGACAUUAACAGAAGAGAACAGAAGACUACACAAGGAGCUUCAAGAAUUAAGAGCUUUAAAGACUUCAAAUCCAUAUUACAUGCAACUCCCAGCCACUACUCUCACCAUGUGCCCCUCUUGUGAACGAGUUGCCGCCGCCGCCACCUCUGCCACAGCAACUACCGCAACCACCACCACCACCACAACCAAUACCCAGAAUAAUACCACUGACCCCACUUCUAAUACCACGGGGUUAUCCCUUAGCAGUUCUAGACCAAGGUUCUAUCCGUUUUCUCACACACAAACUCACCCCCACCAGCCCAAAGCGUGAUUAAGCGGAAGAUCAUAGGAAGGCCUCUGUUUUGAUUUGUAAAUAUACAAGGCUUCUCGAGAUAAUCUUGAAAGGUUAAUUUUGUUUCUUGAUUGGAAUUGUUUUUUUUUUUUUUUUUUUGGGAAGGGAUUGUAAUUAUACUGGGUUUUUUCUCUGCUUCUUUCUUGAUUUUGUUGUGAGAAUCUGAGAAAAAAAUACAAUAAAAAAAGAAUUAUAUAUGUUAGGGGAAGGA